AUGUAUAAUUCUACAUAUGUGCUGGAUAAUGAUUCUGAUGAUGAAAUCUCUACCCAGCAAGCUAUCCAAGAAAGCUUGCAAGAUAGGUUUAAAACUGAAACAAGUGGCAGUGCAACAGAGGAUGGAAGUUUCCACUAUGUGGCAAGUCAAGAACAUGGAAAGAUAAUAGCAGCAAUUCGGGUAGGCCAAAAAGAGACCUUGAUGAAGUUGGUGGGGCACAGUUCUGCUUUUGAAGAAGCAGAUCGGCGAGGCUGGCUUCCUCUGCAUGAAGCUGCUGCACAGAUAAAUAAGAACAUCCUUCAAGUCACUUUGAAAGCCUCCCCUGCCAUUACAUGGGAACAGACCACUUUAAAAGGGGAAACACCUCUCUUGGUGGCAGUAAGGAACUGCUUUGUAGACAAUGUCAGCUUUCUCCUGCUCAAUGGCUGCAAUCCCAAUGCUAAGAAUGAAGAAGGAGAUUCUGCUUUAGUUACAGCAAUUAAACAUGAUUCGUAUGAGAUCGCCUCCUUGUUGAUAAGUUCUGGUGCAAAAGUGAAUUUGCAGUGUGUCCACAAGAGGACUGCAUUACAUGAGGCAGCCAGACUAGGCAGGAAGGAUUUGGUGAACCUUCUUCUUCGUUCUGGAGCAGAUCCUGACCCUCGCAGCGGAUAUGGGCUCACGCCCCUAGCACUGGCUGCGCAGGUUGGACAUACGGAAAUUAUGGAGCUCUUACUACAAAGAGGUGCAGAUGUUCUUUCACAGGCAAGGGACUGUGCAUCUGUGUUAUUCGAAGCAGCAGGAGGAGGAAAUCCAGAUUCUCUCAGUCUUUUACUAGAAUAUGGGGCUGAUGCCAACGUACCAAAGCACUCAGGUCAUUUGCCAAUCCACAGAGCUGCAUAUAGAGGACACUUUCUAGCCCUAAAAAAUUUAGUUCCAGUUACUAAUUUUGAUGCCAUUAAGGAAAGUGGGAUAAGUCCAGUUCAUUCAGCAGCAGCAGGAGCACAUCCUCAGUGCCUUGAGUUUCUCCUCAGAUCUGGAUUUGAUGCCAAUUUCAUGCUGGAUCAGAGAGUUCGUAAAGGCUACGAUGACCACCGGAAGUCAGCACUGUAUUUUGCUGUUUCCAAUGGGGAUAUCUGUUCAACAAGACUGCUGUUGAAAGCUGGAGCCCUGACAAACCAAGAUCCCAUCAACUGUCUCCAAAUCGCCUUGAGAAUGGGCAACUAUGAGUUAGUGAGUCUUCUGCUCCGACAUGGAGCUAAUGUCAAUUACUUCUGCAGAGUGAAUACAACACAUUUUCCAUCAGCUCUGCAGUAUGCUCUCAAAGAUGAAGUGAUGCUAAGAAUGCUAAUGAACUAUGGGUAUGAUGUGCACCGCUGCUUCGAUUGUCCUCAGGGAAACAGGUCACACUCCCAGUAUGUGACUGAUGGAUGGACAUCAACUGUAAUCAAAGAUACAAUGUUCUGUGAAGUGAUCACCUUGUCAUGGUUGAAGCAUCUGUCUGGGAAGGUGGUGCGAGUAAUGUUAGAUUAUGUCGACCAUGUCAGCAUCUGCUGGAAGCUAGAAGCAGUUCUCAAAGAGCAAGAACUCUGGGCAGACAUCUGUGCGAUUUUACGAAAUCCUCGCUCUCUGAAGCAUCUCUGUCGCCUGAAGAUACGGGAAUGCAUGGGCCGGUUGCGUCUCCGUUGUCCUGUCUUCAUGACCUUUCUUCCGCUGCCAAACCGCUUGAAAGACUACAUCCUGUACAAGGAGUAUGAUCUUUAUGGCCAAGGAAACUUUCCAGGAGCCUACCACCUCAGCUGUACGUAAUUACUUCUCUAUUUCGAUGGGAAUGUUGACACGGACGAUUGUCUUGUGCAGCUGCUUUUUUCUUUUGGGGUUUUUAUCUCCUGUGUGUUUUAAGGAAUACCAGCACUUCCCCUUACCCCCUGGAGAAAAUGGGGAGAAUCCUAAAAUGUAAGUAUUGCUGAUGCCACUGUCCAUAUCUACUGCAAUAUAAACUACCUGAAAGUUAGGGCAAUAGUAUUCUACAUGCCAGUGUGAAACACUAAGUAAUUGUAUAGUGUAAGGCUGCAGCCCUGGUGUUACUGCAAAGCUAAAGGCUGUCGUAACAGGUGACUCGACCCCACUGCAGGUUUAAACUCAGAGUUUAGGUAAAGGUCAGGACUUAACUAAACGCAGGAGGGGCAUAGUGCUUUUUUCUCUUAUAUUUCCUUUUCUUUCCCCAAAAAAGAUGGCUUUGUGUCAUGUCCUGCAGUGAAGUUCUGAAGAGCAGCCUAAGUGGAUUUAUUCUUUUCACCCAAUUAUGAAACCCUACAUUCUAAGCAGUGAACUGGGAUUAACAGCUACAGCAAGCUCUGCUUAUCAAAGCAGCUGGUGUGAGAUACCAGAGCUUCAACAGGGCACUAUUUCUGAAAGAUGUCAGUUAUCUGUCUCAUUCUCAGCUAUUGCUGUUUUAGCUGGUAUGUGGUUUGGUUACUCUCUCUGGUACAGUGCUGCCCAAAGCCAUGUUGGCAGGUUUUGGAAUUUCUCUUCAUAGAGUUGGCGAUUAAGCUCUUGGAGCUCUUGAACCUGUCAGCAGUCACAGCUGUCUUUGGCAGUCUUGCAUACUACACCCAGUCCCACAUCAUGCCUGUUCUUUCCCACAGGGCUGAAGCUGUCAGUUCAUGUUUCAGAGACAAAAAAAGUUUGUCAAC